AUGGAUACCAAACCGCCAUCGAAGGAUUCCAUGAAAUCCACCUGGCGCACAGCCGAUCGCAAAGAAUGGAACCACCAUCACUGGGCCCUGGAGAUCCUCAACGCUCAUCCUAUCGCCCUGGACAAAGAGGUCCCUGUUCAUAGCAAGGAUGAGAAGAUCCCAUACAUGCCGUCGUGGUCCUCCCAUCGCUGGGUGCUAUUCUAUUCCGCCAUUCCGCUCCUCAUUCACCAAACAUACAUGUCAUACACAGGCCGCACCCUGGGCCCGAUAACAACAUUCAAUCUCUACUUCUUCUUCUUCAACGCCACAGUCAUCUACCAAGUCCACGUGCUCCGCCGCCUAGGUCACAAAUUAGGCUUCCUAGACGGUGACAAACACGAGCGCGAUGGCGUGCCCGAUGUAGGCGUCGGCAAAGUGGUAACAUCACUAUACAAAACCACCGGCUCCCGCAUGAUUCUCUCCGUCUGGCUCUCCUACAAUCGGAACAUGCUCCCUUCCCAACUAAACUGGCUCUUGCUACCCCUUGAAAUCGGAUUGUACGGCAUCGUCCUCGACUUCUGGUUCUACUGGUACCACCGCCUCAUGCACGACGUCAGCUUCCUGUGGAAAUACCACAGAACCCACCACCUGACCAAACACCCCAACCCUCUCCUCGCCGCAUAUGCAGACCACGAACAAGAAUUCUUCGACAUGGUCGGCGUGCCGAUGAUGACAUACUUCAGUUUAAAACUGAUGGGUCUGCCGAUGGAUUUCUACGAAUGGUGGAUCUGUCACAACUACGUGGCCUUUGCUGAGGUGUUCGGACACAGCGGCCUGCGUCUGCAUAUGACCGUGCCGUCGACGCUGAGCUGGCUAUUGCAGAUGUUUGAGUGUGAGAUUGUGAUUGAGGACCAUGAUCUGCACCACCGGAAAGGGUGGCGCAAGAGUCAUAACUACGGGAAGCAGACGAGACUCUGGGACCGGAUCUUUGGGACUUGCACGGAGAGGAUUGAGUCUGUUGAGACGAAUAUUGAUUAUGGCAACACGGUGGAUAUGCCUUUGUUUUAG